AUGGUUUUUAAUGUUAGUGGUCUUAUUUUCGAGACUUAUGUCACUACUUUGGAGCGAUUUCCCAACACCCUCCUCGGUAAUCCGAAUCUACUCUCAAGGUACUAUGAUGAAAAGCAUGGAUAUUACUUCUUUGAUCGUCAUCGAGAGAGCUUUGAAAGUAUACUGUAUUAUUAUCAGAGCAAUGGAUUUAUUCAAAGACCCUUUGGAGUGUCUCUUGCAGUUUUCCUUGAUGAAGUAAGGUUUUUCAGACUUGGCGAUGCUGCUUUCCGUGCAGUCCUCAAAGAUGAGGGUUUGACAGCACUAGAUGAUAUAAAACUACCUAAAAAUAAGGUUAGACGGAAGAUGUGGCUAUUUCUUGAAUACCCACUGAGCUCCUGCUACGCAAAAUGGUUUUCCUUCACAUCUAUCGCUAUUAUCUUGCUAUCAGUUGCCAGUUUUUGUCUUGAAACCCUGCCAGCAUUCAUAACCUAUCAAGUCGAUAUGUCUGGUCCUAUUCCAGUCUUCACACCCAGCAAAUUUUAUUUCAAAGAUGAAUUCUUUUACCUUGAACUGGUUUGUAUGCUAUGGUUCACACUCGAAAUAUUUCUUCGUCUCUUCAGUUGUCCUAACAGGCUGGCAUUCUUCAAAUCCGCACUCAAUAUCUUUGAUAUUAUCUCAGUUGUCCCCUUUUAUAUCCAAUUGAUUAUGAUGCUCUGCGAAAGUCCUUUCACACCCUCUACAAUGUACAUGCGAUUUUUUCGUUUUCUACGGUUGCUUCGUGUUGUGCGUAUUUUAAAACUAUCUCGCCAUUCUAAAGGCCUUCAAGUGCUUGCAAAAACUAUAAUGACUAGUGGUCGUGAGCUUACGCUCUUGCUCUUCUUUCUCUUUGUGUGCGUGGUCCUUUUCGCGACAAUGGUAUAUUACAUGGAAUUGGACUCCAAGCCCAAUACUUUCACCAGCAUUCCUGACUCGUUUUGGUGGGCUGUUGUGACAAUGACAACUGUCGGAUAUGGAGACAUGUACCCGCAAAGUGUCAUGGGUAAAGCGGUGGGAUGUCUUUGCGCAAUAGCUGGCGUGCUCGCUGUUGCUCUGCCUGUUCCUGUGAUCGUCUCGAAUUUCAACUAUUUCUACACAAAGGAAAGGGAGAACGAGGAAUUAAUUCAAUACUCUAUUCUGAACAAUCAAAAUCUUUUGGAAAAUAACAGUUCUUUGGAAGCUAACAUUGAUCCCUUUGAAAGGAUCAGCAAAUUUGAUGAUAAAUUAUCCUCUAUGGUGGAGAGAGAUACUCUUUAUGGAAAGGGUUUUGGAAACUGGAAGAGUAGAAACCACGACCAUCUGUAUCUUAAUGAGGGGCACUUUGUUCCGAGAAAACACAAUGGAUGA